AUUCAUUCAUGUGGUUGUGAUCCAAACGGACAAAAAUGAAGACCAGGCUCUUUGCAGCAGCAAUUGCUGCUCUGUGCACAGCUCUUCUCCUCUGCUCGAUAGAGGCUGAAGUUAAUCCACCAUCAGACUUGAGUUUUAAAAUUAUAGAUGAGCGUACUGUUCAAAUGUCAUGGAAUAGGCCUCCUGAUGCAAUAGAAGGUUACAGGAUAACAGUGACACCUGCAACAACCGAUGGACCUACUAGAGAAUUUACCCUAGCACCUAGCACUACUCAAACUAUAUUAAGAGAUCUUCUACCUGACACUGAAUAUCUUGUUACAAUAAGUUCAUAUGAUGAUUCAGAAGAGAGUUUAUCUAUCUCUGGUCAACUUACAAUUCAAACAGGUGGUUUAAUAACAACAGGGGAAAAGAAGCCUGAUGAGGUUCAGUUACAAAAAUGUUCCAUUAGCGCUGUUACAGAUCUAGUCUUUCUUGUGGAUGGCUCUUGGAGCGUGGGAAGAAAUAACUUCAAAUAUAUACUGGACUUCAUUGUUACUCUUGUAUCGGCUUUUGACAUUGGAGAGGACAAGACAAGAGUUGGAAUUGUCCAGUACAGUUCUGAUACAAGGACUGAAUUCAACUUAAAUCAGUAUUUCAAAAAGAGAGACCUCAUUGAGGCGAUAAAAGGAAUACCAUACAAAGGAGGCAAUACAAUGACAGGUGAAGCUAUUGAGUAUCUGAUUAGGAAUACAUUCACUGAAUCUUCUGGGGCACGGAAAGGCUUUCCCAAAGUGGCAGUUGUCAUUACAGAUGGAAAGUCUCAAGAUGAAGUAGAAAUCCCUGCAAGAGAACUGCGUAAUAUCGGAGUUGAAGUAUUUUCUUUGGGAAUCAAAGCUGCAGAUGCCAAGGAACUAAAGUUAAUUGCUUCUCAACCCUCACUGAAACAUGUUUUUAAUGUGGCUAACUUUGAUGGCAUUGUGGAUGUACAGAAUGAAAUAAUCUCGCAAGUGUGCUCAGGUGUUGAUGAACAAUUGGGUGAACUGGUUAGUGGUGAAGAAGCUGUUGAACCUCCCUCAAACCUUGUAGCUACACAAGUCUCAUCAAGAUCCAUUCGAAUCACUUGGUAUCCAUCUCCCAGUGAAAUAACUGGGUACAAGGUGGAGCUCAUUCCAAUGAUAGCUGGUGCCAAACAGUAUUCGUUGAGUGUAGGACCCCAAACAACUGCUUUUAAUGUUAAAGACCUUUCUUCAGAAACCGAAUACCAAAUACAUGUGUAUGCAAUGAAAGGAUUGACUGCCAGUGAACCAGUGACUAUAAUGGAAAAAACACAGCCAGUUAAAGUUCAAGUGGAAUGCUCACGUGGUGUGGAUGUAAAAGCUGACAUAGUGCUUUUGGUUGAUGGCUCCUACAGCAUUGGCAUUGCCAAUUUUGUUAAAGUAAGAGCGUUUUUGGAAGUGUUAGUGAAAAGCUUUGAGAUCUCACCUGAAAAAGUCCAGAUAAGCCUUGUCCAAUAUAGCAGGGACCCUCAUACGGAGUUCACAUUGAACAGAUACAACAGAAUUGAAGAUAUAAUCCAGGCUAUUAACACGUUUCCCUACAGAGGCGGAUCUACAAACACAGGCAAAGCAAUGACUUAUGUGAGGGAGAGAGUCUUUGUUACCAGCAAAGGUGCAAGGCCAAAUGUCCCAAGGGUCAUGAUUCUUAUUACUGAUGGGAAAUCAUCAGAUGCUUUUAAAGAUCCUGCAGUAAAGCUGAGGAAAUCAGAUGUAGAAAUAUUCGCUGUUGGAGUAAAGGAUGCAGUCCGGUCAGAGCUGGAAGCUAUUGCUACUCCUCCUUCAGAAACCCACGUGUAUGAAGUAGAGGAUUUUGAUGCUUUUCAAAGAAUAUCUCUUCAACUUACACAGUCUGUCUGCUUAAGAAUUGAACAGGAACUUCAAGAAAUUAAGAAGAAAUCUUACUUGCCUGCAAGGGAUUUGAUGUUUUCAGAUGUGACUUCUAACAGUUUCAAAGUCAACUGGUCUCCAGCAGGAGCUGGUGUUUUGUCCUAUCUUGUUAAGUAUAAAGUGGCUAUUGGUGAAGAAGAAUUCAUUGUUUCUGUACCAGCUCCAGUUACUACUACAGUACUUACUAACUUACUUCCCCAAACCACAUAUACUGUCAGUGUGAUUGCAGAAUAUGAAGAUGGUGAUGGUCCUUCCUUGGAUGGGGAAGAAACAACUUUAGAAGUUCGGGGAUCACCACGAAACUUAAGGGUAACAGAUGAAACAACAGACAGUUUUAAGGUUGGAUGGACUCAAGCUCCAGGCAAUGUUCUCAGGUACAGAGUGGCAUAUCGACCAGCUACUGGUGGAGAGAGAAAGCAAGUAACUGUCUCUGCAAAUGAAAGAGCAACUACGUUACAGAAUCUACACCCAGAUACAAGAUACGAGGUGUCUGUUACUGCUGAGUAUCAGUCUGGUUCUGGAAGUCCACUUAAUGGAUAUGGGAAAACAGAAGAAGUUCUAGGAAGACCAAGAAACUUGAAAGUUUCUGAUGCUACAACAUCCUCAUUGAAAUUAUCUUGGAGUUCAGCCCCUGGCAAAGUACAGCGAUAUCUUGUAACAUAUACUCCAGUGGCAGGAGGUGAAACUAAAGAAGUAACACUAAGGGGAGACACCACCACCACAGUACUCAGAGAACUGGAACCAGGAACCAGAUAUGACUUGACUGUGACUGCCUUGUAUGCUUCUGGCGCAGGAGACGCACUUUCAGGACAAGGAGACACUCUUGAAGAGCGCGGCUCUCCUCGUGACUUAGUCACUAGAGACAUAACUGAUACUACCAUUGGAGUAUCAUGGACGGCAGCGCCAGGAGCAGUUCAUCAUUACAGAAUUGUAUGGAAAUCGCUUUAUGGUGAUGAGUCUGGAGAGAAAACAGUUCCUGGAAAUGUCAUAAAUACUGUGCUGGAAAACCUACAGCCUGAGACUAAGUAUAAGAUUUCAGUCCUGGCUUCAUAUAGAAGUGGAGAAGGAGCUCCUCUAGAGGGACAAGCAACAACUGAAGUGUCACCAAGUUCUAGAGCUGUGAGAGUGGAUCAAGAAACAGAGACUACAAUGAGAGUUACUUGGCAACCUGCACCUGGAAAAGUUGUCAGCUAUCGUGUUGUUUACCGUCCUCGGAGGGGAGGAAGACAACUGUUCACAAAGGUGCCACCUACCUCCACCACUGCAACACUGAAACGUCUGCAGCCCCUGACAACUUAUGACAUUACUGUCAUUCCAAUGUACAAAAGUGGUGAAGGAAGCCACAGGCAGGGGGAAGGAACAACAGCUUCUCCCUUUAAGCCUCCAAGAAAUCUGAAGACAUCUGAUUCUACAAUGUCAAGCUUUAGAGUAACCUGGGAGCCAGCCCCUGGGGAAGUGAAGGGGUACAAAGUAACUUUCCAUCCUACUGGAGAUGAGAGACGCCUUGGAGAAUUAAUGGUUGGGCCAUAUGACAACACAAUAGUUUUGGAGGAGCUCAGGGCAGGCACUACCUAUAAAGUAAAUGUUUUUGGAGUAUUUGAAGGUGGUGAAAGUAUGCCAUUGAUUGGACAAGAAAUGACUACCCUUUCGGAUUCUACAGUAAUUCCAUUUUUAUCUAGAGGUCUAGAAUGUAUAACCAGAGCGGAAGCAGACAUUGUGUUGCUGGUGGAUGGCUCGUGGAGUAUUGGUCGACCAAAUUUUAGAACAGUCCGCAGCUUCAUUAGUCGAAUUGUUGAAGUAUUUGAUAUUGGUCCUGACAAAGUGCAGAUUGCUCUUGCACAGUAUAGUGGAGAUCCUAGAACGGAAUGGCAUCUCAAUACUCACAGGACCAAACAGAGUUUAAUGGACGCUGUGACCAACUUACCAUAUAAAGGAGGAAACACUCUGACAGGCAUGGCGUUGAGGUUCAUCUUAGCAAACAACUUCAAAAGAGAAGUUGGCUUGAGGCCUGGAGCUCGCAAAAUAGGUGUCCUCAUCACUGAUGGCAAAUCACAGGAUGAUAUAGUUGGUCCAUCACAGAAUCUGAGGGAUCAGGGAGUGGAGCUUUAUGCUGUUGGUAUUAAAAAUGCUGAUGAAAGUGAACUGAAACAGAUUGCUUCAGACCCAGAUGAGACCCACGCAUACAACGUUGCAGAUUUCUCCUUGCUUAAUACUAUUGUUGAUGACCUCACUAUCAAUUUGUGCAAUAGUGUGAAAGGUCCAGGGGAUUUGUCACCACCACCUACCAAUCUAGUUACUUCUGAGGUAACUCCUCGUUCCUUCAGAGUAUCUUGGACUGCUCCUGCUGAAAGUGUUGACAGAUACAGAGUUGAAUAUCAUCGUGCUGCUGGGGGCCCUACAAAGCAGUUCUAUGUAAACCGUAUGGAAACUACUACAGUUCUUACUGACCUUACACCUGAAACAGAAUAUGUUGUGAAUGUGUUUUCUGUGGUAGAAGAUCAAAGCAGUGAACCACUAAAAGGCACUGAAACAACCUUGGCAAUUCCUUCAGUUAGAAACUUAAAUGCUUACGACAUCACUUCAACCACAAUGCGAGUACGAUGGGAACCCCUUGGUGGAGCUACUGGCUACUUGUUGUUAUAUGAUGCUGUCAAUGCCACAGUGCCAACAACAGAAAAAGAGAUGCGUGUUGGAGCAUCAGUGAAUGAUGUACAGCUGGUUGACUUGAUUCCCAAUACUGAGUACACUUUAACAAUUCAUGGGACAUUUGGGGAUCUGACCAGUGACCCACUCACCACUCAAGAAGUGACAUUACCCCUAAGUGGAGCAAAAAGCUUGAGGGCAAGAGAUAUUACUCAUAGCAGCAUGAGAGUCUACUGGGAGGCUGCGCCAGGGAAAGUUCGGAAAUACAUAGUGAGGUACAAAGCUGGCGAAGAUGAUGAUGUGAAAGAGGUGGAAGUGGAUUCCUCUCAAACCAGCACAGUUCUCUCUGAUCUUUUCUCACAAACACUCUAUCAAGUAGAGCUUAUUGCAGUAUAUGAUGAAGGACUAUCUGCGCCAAUAGCUACUGAAGCCACCACGUUGUCUGUACCAGCCCCAGUCAACCUAAGAACUGAUCAGGUAACCAAGUCUAGUUUCAGAGGCACUUGGGAUCAUGGAGCACCUGAUGUAGCUCUCUAUAGAGUAACAUGGGGACCAUAUGGUGGAACAGAAAAACUGGAGACAAUUCUCAAUGGUGAUGAAAAUACUAUGGUUUUUGAAAAUCUGACUCCAGACACACUGUAUGAAGUUGCAGUUACUGCUAUCUAUCCUGAUGAAUCAGAGAGUGAUGACCUGAUUGGCAGUGAGCGGACAUUAGCCAUUGUGCCUGCAACAUCGCCACCAGUAAUAAAAAGUAGCCCACGGAACCUUCAGGUAUAUAAUGCAACAUCCAGUAGCUUGACUGUCAAGUGGGAUCCUGCCAGUGGACGAGUGCAGCGCUACAGGAUCACUUAUCGACCUACAGCUGGGGACGGGGUUGAACAAUCAACCACAGUAGGAGGGAGACAGAACAGUGUUGUACUCCAGAAGCUGCGAGCAGAUACACCUUAUUCUGUUACAGUUUCAUCCUUAUAUGCAGAUGGUGAAGGAGGACAGAUGACAGGCAAGGGCAAAACCAAACCUCUCAGUACAGUAAAGAACCUCCGAGUCUAUGAUCCAACCACCAGCACACUGAACGUUCGAUGGGACCAUGCAGAAGGGAAUCCUCGUCAAUACAAGUUGUUCUAUGUACCUGCUGCAGGAGGUGCAGAGGAGCUGGCAACAGUCCCAGGGAACACAAAUUAUGCAGUCCUUAGAAAUCUGCAAUCUGACACACAAUACAAAGUUACUGUGGUUCCUGAUUACCGGGAAGGUGAGGGAGGUCGUGUGUCUGAUACCGGGAAAACAUUGGUGAGAGGAACACCAAGAGGCAUCCAGGUUUACAACCCAACAACCAACAGCCUUAACGUCCAAUGGGAACCUGCACCAGGGGCAGUACAACAAUACAGAGUUGUCUAUUCUCCAUUAGUUGGCACAAGGCCAUCAGAAUCUGUUGUGGUUCCUGGCAACACCCGCAAUGUUUUACUAGAGCGUCUUACUCCUGAUACUCCUUAUUCUGUAAAUGUUGUUGCUCUGUAUGCUGAUGGAGAAGGAAAUCCAAGUGCUGGACAAGGAAAGACAUUGCCUCGCAGUGGCCCCAGGAACAUGAGAGUCUUUGAUCCUACUACAAACAGCCUUUCCGUUCAAUGGGAACAUGCUGAUGGGCCUGUGCUGCAGUACAGAAUCAUAUAUUCUCCCACUGUUGGAGACCCCAUAGAUGAAUUUACCACAGUACCUGGCAGAAGAAACAAUGUAAUGCUACAUCCUUUGCAUUCAGAUACACCCUAUAAAAUUACAGUUGUGGCAGUUUAUGAAGAUGGAGAUGGUGGACAAUUGACAGGAAAUGGAAAAACAGUUGGACUGCUUUCUCCUCAGAACAUCCGUAUUUCCGAUGAAUGGUAUACACGAUUCAGAGUUGCCUGGGAUCCUGCGCCAUCACCUGUUCUUGGGUAUAAAAUUGUAUAUAAACCUGUAGGUACCGAUGAACCCAUGGAAGUGUUUGUUGGAGAAGUGACUUCAUACACAUUGCACAACCUAUCUCCUAGUACUUCCUAUGAUGUCAAUGUUUAUGCUCAGUAUGAUUCUGGACUCAGUUCACCUCUGAUAGAUCAAGGCACAACAUUAUACUUAAAUGUGUCUGAUCUAACAAGUUACAAUGUUGGAUGGGACACUUUUUGCAUCAAAUGGGCAGCUCAUAGAUCAGCUACUUCUUACAGACUGAAGUUAAACCCACUUGACGGAUCUAGAGGGCAAGAAAUUACAGUGCGUGGAACAGAAACCAGCCACUGUUUUACUGGCCUUUCACCAGACACUGAAUACAAUGCUACAGUCUUUGUUCAGACUCCAAACCUUGAGGGGCCUCCAGUAUCAGUGAGGGAACGAACAUUGGUCAAGCCAACAGAUGCACCAACUGAACCACCAACUCCUCCUCCACCUCCAACAAUUCCACCUGCUCGAGAUGUAUGCAAAGGUGCCAAAGCUGAUAUAGUGUUCUUGACUGAUGCUUCCUGGAGUAUUGGAGAUGACAAUUUCCAUAAAGUACUGAAAUUUGUUUUUAACACGGUUGGAGCCUUUGACCUAAUCAACCCAGCUGGAAUUCAGGUUUCCUUUGUGCAAUACAGUGAUAGUGCACAGUCUGAAUUUCAUUUGAAUACAUAUGAUGAUAAGGCACAGGCAUUGGGGGCACUUCAAAACAUUCGAUACAGAGGAGGGAACACAAAAACAGGCAAAGCACUUACAUUUAUCAAAGAUAAGGUGUUGACAUGGGAAAGUGGAAUGAGGAAAGGUGUUCCCAAGGUACUUGUUGUGGUAACAGAUGGUCGAUCACAGGAUGAAGUAAGGAAAGCUGCAUCAGUCAUACAGCACUCUGGUUUCAGUGUCUUUGUUAUUGGUGUGGCUGAUGUUGAUUACAAUGAACUAGCAAAAAUUGCCAGCAAACCCAGUGAACGUCACGUCUUUAUUGUUGAUGAUUUCGAUGCUUUUGCAAAGAUUGAGGAUAACCUCAUCACUUUUGUUUGUGAGACAGCUACCUCAACUUGCCCUCUCAUGUACUUGGAUGGAUACACUUCUCCAGGUUUCAAGAUGUUGGAAUCUUAUAACUUAACAGAGAAGUACUUUUCCUCUGUACCUGGAGUUUCCCUGCAGUCAGGCUCCUUCCCCAGCUAUGUGGCAUACAAGCUUCAUAAAAAUGCCUUUGUCAGCCAACCCACAUCGGAAAUCCAUCCAGAUGGAUUGCCAAAGGCUUACACUAUCAUAGCUUUAUUCCGCCUUCUUCCGGAAACCCCCAAUGAGCCAUUUGCAGUUUGGCAGAUAACAGACAGAGAUUACAAACCACAAGUUGGAAUUGUUCUUGAUCCCUCCAGCAAAGUAUUAUCAUUCUUUAACAAGGACACAAGAGGAGAACUUCAGACUGUAACAUUUGAUGAUGAUGAAGUAAAGAAAGUCUUUUAUGGAAGUUUCCACAAGGUUCAUAUUGUUAUAACACCUACAAGUGCUAAGAUCUACAUUGACUGUGUUGAAAUAAUGGAAAAACCAAUUAAAGAAGCUGGAAAUAUCACCACAGAUGGCUAUGAAAUACUUGGUAAACUACAGAAAGGGGACAGGAAAACUGCAACAUUUGAAAUCCAGAGCUUUGACAUUGUGUGUAAUGCAGUUUGGACUAGCAGAGAUAGAUGCUGUGAUAUUCCUUCCAGGAGGGAUGAGGCAAAAUGCCCAGCAUUGCCAAAUGCUUGCACAUGCAUGCAGGACAGCGUGGGACCCCCAGGACCUCCAGGACCAGCUGGAGGCCCAGGUGCUAAGGGACCAAGAGGUGAAAGAGGCGCAAGUGGACCUCCUGGGCCACUAGGACCUCGUGGAGACACGGGUGCUUCUGGCCCUCAAGGCCCACCAGGUCCACAGGGGCCAAAUGGACUUUCCAUUCCAGGAGAACCUGGCCGUCAAGGGAUAAAAGGUGAUGCUGGAGAGCCAGGGCUACCAGGUCGAUCAGGGUCUCCAGGAUUACCUGGGCCCCCUGGCCCAAUGGGACCUCCAGGUGACAGGGGCUUUACCGGAAAAGAUGGUCCAACAGGACCAAGAGGUCCCCCUGGACCAAUUGGUGCCCCAGGAGUGCCUGGAGUAGCUGGCCCUACUGGGAAACCAGGGAAACCAGGAGAUCGUGGAUCACCAGGCCCAGCUGGGUUGAAGGGUGAAAAGGGUGACCGAGGAGACAUUGCUUCUCAGAAUUUGAUGCGAGCUGUUGCAAGACAAGUCUGUGAACAACUGAUAAAUGGUCAAAUGACCCGAUUUAACCAAAUGUUGAACCAAAUCCCCAAUGAUUACUAUUCAAACCGCAACCAGCCUGGACCUGCAGGACCACCAGGUCCCCCCGGACCUGCUGGGGCACCAGGAGAACCUGGAUCUGCAGGCAGACAAGGGUUUCCAGGUACACCUGGGCUCCAAGGACCGCCUGGAGAGAGAGGGCUGCCAGGAGAAAAAGGUGAAAGGGGAAUUGGAUCUCCAGGACCACGAGGUUUGCCUGGAUCACCAGGUCCACAAGGGGAAUCCAGAAGUGGCCCACCAGGUGCUACAGGCUCUCGGGGAUCAGCUGGGCCACCUGGCCGUCCUGGGAAUGCAGGCAUCAGAGGCCCCCCAGGUCCCCCUGGAUACUGUGAUUCAUCACAGUGUGCUAGUAUUGCUUACAACGGUCAAGGAUAUCCAGAGUCGUAUGCACCUGAAACUGGACCCUAUCAGCCUGAGAGUGAACCCUAUGUAGUCCCAGUGGAAUCUGAGAGAAGAGAUGACGAAUAUGAGGACUAUGGAGCUGACAUGCAUUCACCUGGAUACCCUGAACAUAUGCGCUGGAGAAGAUCGUUGUCAAGAAAAGCAAAAACAAAACCAUAAUCACACGACUUUUUCAUUCCAUUCCCACUUGGUUGUUUGUUUUUGUUUUUGCUAUUCUCGCAUAUAUAGAUACAGAGUGAGUGUGCCGGGCAACUAAGCAAAUAUGGAUUUGCUUCUUAUGAGAGUAUCAAGCUUAUGUGGGAAUAGCAAUGAAAGUGUUAUAGUUUUCGUUCUUGCUCUUCAAGUGCUUGUAAAAUACCUUAGCUUACAGCGGCUGCAUAGAAUUUAAAUAAAGUGCAUUCAGAUUUAUCACAGAGCUGCAUUCUCUUCAAGGAAUUUUUUUUUUAAAAAAAGAAACAUCCUUCACAGCUACUGAUGGUCUGAAGGCUGGGUGCUUCGCAAUGGAGCUUGCUUUAGACUUUUCCUCCUCAUCAGAUACAGUUCAGUCACAUUAUAAAUCUGCAUCAUCUAGUAAAACAAGAAACUUUUUUUCAAAAGUCUCAUUUCUUCUAUCUUAGCUUAUAUCCUGCAGGGCAUAUAAUGCUCUUAUACAUCCCAUUUAACAACCACAAACCUUAAAGUGGCUGCCUUACAUCGUUGUAUCAAAUGGAUACAGUUUUCUUAAAAAGCAAAUUAAUGCCUUAAAAUUUCCUUGUUUUAGAGACAUUUAUGCCAAAUUGCAGUCAAUCCUGCAGAGAUGGAAUUGCAUGUUUGUGUUGUAUAUUUAGUAUGAUUUGCCCCCAGAAUAUAAUGUUUCUUAGUUAUCAAAAAUAAAGCAGUUGGAAAUUGUUUGCAAGACUAUGGAUAUAGAAUUGCUGCUUUUAUAUUUUAACUGCAAAUUGUGAAUUUCACUGCCUUAUAUUAUUUAUUUCUGAAACAAAAGAGGCAUUUUUCAAUAAAACUACUGAAAAUUUA